AUGGCCAGUUCAUCCAGCAAUCAAGUGGAUGAGGAGGAUCAUGAUUCCGCACCAGGCCCGUUAGGAUGUAAAUACGACGAUUCGCUUACGGAGUUGAGAAUUCAUCUCGUAAUCCCUGGGAUUCGGGAGAAGACUAUUAUGAAGGCGUCGAACACCCAGGUUUUCCUGAAAAGUGACUCGACGAGUCUCAGCUGCCACGUCGAAAUAAUCAAAGUCAACAAAAAGGUGAAGCCGCCUUCAAAAACUAUCGUCGAUAGGCGGUAUUACGAGGUUGAGAAAUUUCCGGGUGAAAUAUCUGCCGUUUCGUUUCGAUUGAAGAAAAAUUGCUGUACACUGCUGGUACGCAAGAAAACGCCACAGUCUUGGUCAAAUUCGAUGAGCCAGUUUGGUUUCUGA